CAAUAUUCGAGAAGGGGGGAGAGAUCUCUCAACACGCCAGUCUUCUCUUCCACUCACAGUCGCCGCCGUUUAAACAGAUAAGCCUCCGUUCCUCCACCGCUGCCGCUGCAUAUCUUCUGAAAAAUGGCACAUUCUUGCGUAUCUUCUUCCUCUCUCAGAUUCAACUCUUCUUCUCUAUCUCUCUCUUCACCAAACACAUUUUCUUCCUCCGCCAAAAUCGUAUCUCUACCUUUCCAACCCCUCCGUUCCAGGAAGCUGAAGAAUUCUAAUUCGUCGGCGAAGGCUGUGUACACUCCGGAGAAGACCUCACGCGAUGGUCUUUGGUCGAUUAGGGAUGAUUUACAUAUCCCUUCAUCGCCAUACUUCCCUGCUUAUGCUCAAGGGGGGCAGGGCCCGCCUCCGAUGGUCCAAGAACGUUUUAUGAGUGUUAUUAGCCAACUUUUCCAAUAUCGGAUAAUACGAUGUGGUGGAGCCGUUGAUGAUGACAUGGCGAACAUCAUUGUUGCUCAGUUGCUGUAUCUUGACGCUGUUGAUUCGACUAAGGAUAUUGUCAUGUACGUGAAUUCUCCAGGUGGAUCAGUUACAGCUGGAAUGGCUAUCUUUGAUACUAUGAGGCACAUAAGGCCUGAUGUUUCAACCGUAUGUGUGGGGCUCGCAGCUAGUAUGGGAGCUUUUCUUCUAAGUGCUGGUACAAAAGGAAAAAGAUAUAGUCUUCCUAACUCAAGGAUAAUGAUACACCAGCCCCUUGGUGGAGCACAGGGUGGGCAGACUGAUAUUGAUAUUCAGGCAAACGAAAUGUUGCACCACAAAGCAAAUCUAAAUGGAUAUUUGGCAUACCACACCGGUCAAAGCCUAGAGAAGAUCAACCAAGACACAGAUCGCGAUUUCUUCAUGAGUGCUAAAGAAGCCAAAGAGUAUGGCCUCAUAGAUGGUGUUAUCUUGAACCCGCUCAAAGCCCUCCAGCCGCUUGCAGCUGUAGCAGAAUAGCAACAAGGUUCAUUUCAUACUCCUCCCUCUUUCUGGUCGAUGCUUGAUUCCAUAACCGAAAACACGGGUUUUGUUGAUUUCAACUAUACCGCUGGAAAAUUUAGAAUCAACAUUAUACUAUGAAUGUUCCUAUCCAGGUGCACCCGUGUACGAUUAUUACUUAGCUAUAUUCGAUGAACUUAAUGUUGUCCUACGUAGUCAGUUUUGCCGUAGUGUUCAUGUUCCCUAAAAAUUGUAGGAUUAGUUGGUUUCUAUUUGAAAUGAGAAAGUGUUUCUAUCUGAA